AAUGCAUUUUCCUGUUAGAUAGAAAAGAAGAUUUCUUAUGUUCUUUUAGACUAUAGGUAUUGUGUCUGUAGUUAAAACUCUUACUCCAAUGGUAAGCUGUUUUAUCAAACCGGAAAGAUCUUUAGAUAGCGUUCUAAGAUGAACAAGCUUGAAGAUGUGACAACUCUUUAGAACAAUUUCUCUAGAAUCCUUUGUCUUUUUCUUUAGUUUCCUUUUUUCGUCUUUUUUCUUUUUGAUGUUUUGUUCACAAUAUUAAAAGGUCUGGGUUUUUCCUUUGUGUACAAGAAGACGAUUUUUUCGUGAUUCCCCUAAACUCUAUUAUUUUAGUAAAAGCAAUAUUAUUCCUUCUUUAACACAAUUAUUUAUAUUGAAUUUCCUCUAUUACGUUUUCUUGUUCCUUGGGUUCAUUUCAAAUACCAAACAGUUAAUUCCUUCCAGUUAUAUUUGCUUUUAGAAAACUCGAUAUUGGCCAAAGUAAAUCCACAAGGGGUUGUUAAUAAGAUAUCAAGCGCAUGGGCUCAUGGUCUGUCAGUCGAUGCAGCACUUCAAUUUAGCUGUCUAAUCUUCUGUAAAGGAUUCUCUUGGCUGUCGUCUUACUAGAAACUGAAGAGACAAGGAUUACAAUGUAAGGAAAUUCGACAAAAGGAUUUGAAUUUCUAGCGCAGUGAUUUAAAGAAGAUGCUGAAAAUCCUGCUCGUUUUAAGAGAAAAAAAAAAGAUUUUCCCURGAUCUUGAAAACAAAGUUUCCUUUCUGGGAGUGUAGGAAAAGAGGCUUGACAGAAGUUCAAAAGACUGGAUUAUUGUUAUUAAAAAGAAAGAARAAAGCACGCAAAGGACACUGUGCAAAAGAAAGCUGUCAAUAUCUAGCCUGCGGCACAGGGAAUAAGAAAAACAGUUUACUCGUUGAGCUGACAAUGGAACGGUGAAUUAACACACAGAGAGAAAAGCUGCAACUCAGAGGAUUGAAAAACAAGGUUCAAGGAAAUUCUUGAACUCAAAGUUACAAGACGUUCUGCAGUUUUCAAGGCUAAAAACUAAAUCAACACACGAAAAGAAGAAAAACUUGAAAUAUAUUUCAGUGGUUAAACCCAGUGUGGAUAAAAUACCAACUUGGCACAUUGUAACAUUAACUUAAAACGACGUAUUGCAUGAGAAAAGGCGGGAAAGGACAAUAAUUGACAGUGGAGGAAGGAAAUGCUUCAAAGGUUCAACAAAGUGCUUUAAACGUAAAAAAAAUCCUUGUAAACUCCUUGGCUUCACUUAACUAUGCGGAAAGAAAUUCUAAGGCGUCUUCAAACAUUGACAGAUUUCAGCAACGGAAUUCAGGAAAUGGAUGCAAGGAAAGUGGGUUGAUAGAGAAGGAGUGUUUUUAGAGAGARAAUAGCUUGUGUAAUGCAAGAUAUCAUGCACUCCUCAAUCGGUUUGUACAUUGCCGUCGGGUUCGCAUUACUCGUGGUAUUCACUGGAGUAGUUUUUAAUAUCUUCAUCGUGUUCAUCAUAUUUAAGACCCCACGAAUGAAGGGAGAAAACCACGUCYUGAUUGCAAAUCUCGCCAUUGCAGAUCUUCUUCAGUCCUGCAAUAUGAUUUUUAUGAUUUUAACUCUGUUCAAUGGCGGACGAUGGAUGCUCAAUCACAUCGCUUGUCAAAUUAAUGCUUUUCUCAUAAUGGAAUUCUUACUCGCGGCCAUGUUUACUAUAAGUUCGAUAAGCGUGAAUCGUUACGCGAAGAUCGUGAAACCACGUUGGUAUUCUCGCUUAUUUAACGACAACACCAUUAGUAAAAUUAUCCUCUUAAUAUGGACUUUGCCUCUGGUAUUGGCCAUUCCACCCCUUCUAGGGUGGUCUAAGUAUGAAUUUGACACAGGCAAGUGUAUUUGCUUUUUCAAGGCGGGUCACGUGGGUUCGUACGGUCUGACCGUGGGAGUCGUUACCAUAGGAAUCAACGUACCAAUCAUAAUGUACUGCUAUUUCUGGGUUUUCAAAGUCGUCGGAGUGCAUUCGGAUCGAAUGGAAAAAAUCCGAACCCGACGAUACUCCGAACAUUCGUCGAAUAUUGAAGAAAUCCGAAUCACUCGGACUCUUUUAGUUGUCAUAGCAACAUUUUUGUUGUGUUUCCUGCCUGGGACUUUGGUAGUUGUGAUUCGAGUUUCUGUUCCUGGUGCAUUUAUUCCGGAUUGGGCGGAAUUGAUGUGUGCGCUGCUGGCGUUUGCAAACCAAGCUAUCGACCCAGUUAUUUACGGGUUCUUUAAUUCACAGUAUAGGCGAGCCAUAACCCAAUUAUGGACCAGGCGACUUGCCAGACAAGGCCAAACCAAUGUCUCAGCUGCAGAAGCUCAUGUACAGAAUUCUGUUACCAUCCACGGUAGAUACUCCGUGGGUGGUGCUCUUUUGGUGUUGUUUAUUGCGACGGAGAAUGAGUUACUGCGACAUAACGCAACCAUGAAGGGUACACCUGUUCCUGGGGUGGCUAUGCCGGUUAUGGGAGUAAAGCGACGAAGAACAUCAGCAUCUGAGCUAAAAGAAGCUUUGAAUGAGGAGAGUGAUAGCUAGCGGUGGCUCCUCGCUGUGAUUGGUGUAUUUAUAUUUACUCGUUAUCAUCAUCAUCGUCUUUCAUGUAUCAUCAUCAUGUAUCGUUAUCAACAUGUGUCAUCAUUAUCAUCAUGACCAUCAUCAUCCUCAUCC